AUGGGAAGCAGUGCUUCAAUUAGAAUUAAUGAAUACUAAAAAAUAGAGGCUGAUCUUAAAUUGACUACUCUUCCUGACUUAGACAAAGUAUAUCUAAACUUAUUACUAGCUUUUAAUUGUUGCUGAAGAUCUUCUUAAAGUUACUGAGUAACUUAGAUCAAGAAUUGUAUCAUAUCAUGAUCUAAUGUUAAGAAUUGUUAAAUUACAAUCUUAUAAAGAUGUUACUUUGAUUGAUUCAUUUAGAAUAUGGUUUUUAUGUACUCUUGUAUGUAAUGAUUCAAAAAAAGACAGUGUUAAAUUUCAAUGUAAAAUUGAGAACUUUGAUCAAGAAGUAGCAUCAGAAACUCUUAAGAAACUAAUGAACUUUGUAUUUAACUUCAUUUAUAUUUAGGGUAGUGUAGUGGCAUUUGCAAUUGAAGACAAAUUCGUUUAAGAUGAAAAUGAGUAACUCAUAAUUUGUGAUACAGGAAUAUGUGGAGAUUUUAAAUUACAAUUAUGGCCUUUCAUACUUUCCUCCUUUUUAAGUUAUUUAAGAUCUGCAUGGAAACUGGCUCCAUUUUUAGAAGAGAAAAUUAAUUGCUAAAUUAAUUUAAUAAGGAAAUAUAUUGAAGUACAUAAAGCAGAGAAGCCAACUAAAUUAAUAAAUUAAUAAACUUUAACUUAAAUUUGUGAAAAAUUGAAAUAUUUUGUUUAAUUUGUAGACAAAUAUCAUUAAGAAGUCAAAACAUUUAAUUUAUAAUACAAAUAAAUUAUGGAAGAAUUACAUCCUUUAAGCUAAGAAGUUCUGAGAGAAGAAGGCAAUCAAAAUUAUAUCUUUAAUGAUGAGUAUAUAAUAAUAUAUUAUAAUUAUUAGAAGAACUAUUUUAAAAACAAAAAUAUAAGAUAUAGUAAGAAAAUAUGCUCCUAAUUAUGAACUCAAAGAACUUGUUUAAAUACAAUAAGAAAUUAGAUUAAAAGAAUAAAGAAGAAAAGUUAAACCAAAAACUAAAUUAGAAAGGAGAAGAACAGAAUAAGCAACUUUAACAUUUCCAACUACUUAUCAUUGGGUUGGUCAUGAAUAUUUUGAUACUUUUUUUUCAGCUUAAUCAUUAACUUUAUCUGAAUUAGAAGAUUGUCGUGCUUAAGGAGAAGAAGCUAGAAAAAAAUUAUUUAAAAUAACUGGCGUUAAUUAAUGGAAGGAUAAUACAAUUAAAAGUGUAUUUGAAUGUCUUACUUGGAUUUUAUCUGCCGAACUUAAUAAAAAUCUUAAAAAUUAAGAACUCAAAUUACUUGAAGAUGAACCUUGGCUUCAUUUUAUCAAACAUAAUAAACAUAAAUUUACUGAUCUUUCUGAUCAAAUUAUUAUUAAUUUAAAAAUAUGGUUGAAAUAUUUUAGUCCAAAAAGAUACUAGAGGAUUUGCAAUUAUUAGUAUAUUAUCUAAUUUAAUCAUUAAGUUAAGAUUUUUUAAAAAGAUAAACAGAACUUGAAAAUAAAAAAUUCAAUUUUCAUCAUCUGAUUAGAGAUCUUUCUCCUUAAAAUUAAUACAAUGCACUUUCUAGUUUCACUAAAAAUAUUCGAAUAAAUGAAACUUAUAUUAGUAAAAUUGAAAAACUCUUUGAAAUGACUAUUCAAAAUAAUGGUACCAUGGGAAUAGAAUUAUAUGAAAAUUGGUAAGAAAUAGUUGAUCAAGCUGAUUCAAUUAAAUAUUAAUUAGGAACUCCAUUAAAUGAAUUCAUUAAAGAAUUUAGACCUAAUACUUUAGCUGAAUUGGAUCAUAUAUAAAAUAGAAAGGCUGAAAGAAAAUAAACUAAGUUAUCUAUUGCCUAUAUUGAAAUUUGA